GCCCUCCGCCUCCUCCUCCUCUGCACCGCCUUUAUUCUCCCUGCUCGCGCCGCAUUCGUCAAGUUCCAGAACUGCGUGGACCAGAGUAUACAGGACAUCCAGCCGUUGCAGCUGCAAUGGAUCCCCUACUUUGUCGAUGCAACCUUCGAUACCUCCUACCCCAACCAGUUGCAAGUCACCCUCUACGGCAAUGUCAGCGGCCAGCAAGUCCAGGGCACGUAUCCACCACCGAAUAGUCCCACCUGGACCAACGACAACGAUACCUUUGGGAAGAUUGCCAACAUCGGGUCGGGGGACAAGUUUGCCACCCUCUUCUCAAAGUUCGACGACUUGUCCUACUCGGCAUGGGAUGCGCCUGCAGCAAAAUUCUGCACGCACGUCACCCAAGGCCAAUGUCCCUUGGGUCCCCGAUUCUAUGCCAAUCCCGACGACCCCUCCGACCUGGCCGCUUUCCAGAUCACGCACAACUUCGGCAGUCCAUAUCAGUUCAGUACGCUGGCCGCUACCGUGACCGUCGUCUCGGGAGAUACUGCAGCGCAGACACUCGCCUGCGUGACUGCCAACAUCACCCCGGCCUUUGGCUCGGCCAUCAACAAUUUGCUGACCUGGCUCCCCGCUGCCAUUCUGAUCUUCAAAGGCGUCGCCACCUUACUUGCCGCGAUUUUGUCCCCCUGGGGAAGCUCCGACAUCUUUCGCUGGAGUAGCAAUUACGGCAGGGAUGAAGACUUGCUGCGUCUGGUCACGCCGGGGUUCGGCGACUGCCUGCAGUAUAUCCAAUUCGUGGUGCUGAUGGGCAGCUUGACCCUGAACUACCCGGGCUUCUUUCAGCCUGCGGUGAGUCAGGCGGCAUGGUCACUCCUCCUGUUCAAUGCCAGCUAUGUCACCGGAGGCCCAGGGCAUCAGAGCGUCGUGGAUGGCGUAUACAGCCUCACCGGCACCUACGGCAUUUCCCAAAUCCGACAGUUGAUCGGCAUGACUGCUCCUGAUGAUGUCUGGGCGUGUAUGGCCGUCUGGCUGGCCGUGAUUGCCGGGAUCAUCAUCGUGCUUUGUCAAAUCGGAUUCUUCAGUCGCUGGGUGCAUCUCAAGUUGACCAAGUCCAGCGAGCAAGACUUGCUGCCCAAGAACAUCCCCUUCACCCUCGGCAACAUGAUUCGACUGGCUUUCAACUUUUUCAUCCUACCCAUCAUUGCGCUCAGCUUAUUCCAGCUGGUAAUCGCGCCAGUCUCGCCCACUUCCGUCAUUGCCGUGGCGGCUGUGCUGCUCGCCGUCUGGAUUGUGUCGGCGAUCUGGAUCUUGCGCGUCAUCUUCAUCACCAAGCCGAGGACGCUCCUGUUCGACAUGCCAGCGCUGCUCCUCUACGGCCCCCUCUACAACACAUACACCGACACCGCCGCUCCAUUCGCCUUCGUGCCCAUUCUGAUCACCUUCAUGAGGGGCGUUUCGUUUGGUGCAGUCCAACCCAGCGGUAUCGCGCAACUCGUCAUUCUUGCCGUCUGCGAGAUCUGUCUCCUGAUAGCUUUGAACGGGUUCCUUCCGUUUGCAAACUACACGAGCAACAACGCCUACCACACAACGUUUGCAGCCGUACGGCUGGUGACCAUCUUCCUGAGCAUUACGUUCAUUCCGUCCCUCAACGUGAGCGAAUCUGCAAAAGGCUGGAUCGGCUACACCAUCCUGCUCCUCCACGGCUGUGUGCUCGUGUUUGGCUUCUUCCUCAAUUCCGCGAUGACAGUGGUCGAGGUGGCGGCCCGCUCUUUCGGCCUGGCAGGUCGUGACGCUCAAACGGGCCAAGCUCGAGGUAGUAUCUUGCAUUGGCGCAUGCUGAAAAAGCGUCAAGACCGUCCAGUGGCCCCCGUGCAACGAGAGAGCUUGGCAAGCCAUGCGGCCAUGAUGAGGGUGUCGGAUGCGCAUCGCCGAAGCGGCUCAUUCAGCAGUCAGCAGCUGUUGAACCAAGCGGGGGGCUCCCCAAGCACCCAUCGCAUGAGCGGUCUUGAUAACCGAUCGAGCGGGGGUGAGGGCAUGAGUGAUUCUCCUCAAGCCGGUUUCGUCUACGUGCCCGGUCCCGACGGACAUGGUCCCAUGUAUGGCAGGACAGGCUUGAAGCUGGACGGAGACACCUUCUAUCGACCUCCGAGGAAGCGGACCAUGACGAAUGAUGCGCUCAAUCCAAUUGCGGAGAACCGCAAGUCACACUUGUCUCAAGAUUCGGCGAAACUGGCUGCCGUCACGGCAAUCGGCCGGGGUGGCGCGGAUUCCCCUCGCCCUCCCUUCCUUCGGGACCGUGCGGAUUCUGGACCUCCAUCUGUGCGAACCGAUUAUGCUGUUCGAGAGGUUGAUCAGGUCUAUGGCCAGCCGCUGAACGUAGAAAACACUCGUAAGCUGAAGACUGGCCCCGCGGAUCCGGAAGGUCCAGCGGCGAACGCGCAAACUUGGCUCCAAGGUUUUGUGGGGCUCUUUGGACGAGGCAAAAAGAAGGACAAGGAGGCUGGCAAGGGAUUCGAGGUGGUGCGAUCUUCGCGCAUGCCGCCU